UUCACCAGAGAAAAAUCAACUUGAAUUAAUCUUGACUACUGACGAUUUGAUAGUUGAUAAUCAUUCAAUCUAAAAUUCUGUAUCCUAUAAAUAAUUAGAGGAGUGAAAUUUUGAAUUUCACUCCUGUGUUCAUUUAAUGAACACCAAUAUAGUAUCCAAAGAAAUAAUGUCUGGGAAAACAGUUAUUAAGGGCAAUCCAUCUGAGUAUGUGAAAUUGAAUGUAGGGGGAUCUUUAUACUAUACAACUAUAGGAACCUUAACUAAACAUGAUACAAUGUUAAGAGCAAUGUUUAGUGGUAGGAUGGAAGUCUUAGCAGAUUCUGAUGGAUGGAUUCUGGUUGACCGAUCUGGAAAACAUUUUGGGUCAAUAUUAAAUUAUUUGAGAGAUGGAAAUGUUACUUUGCCAGAGUCUAGCAAAGAAAUUGCAGAAUUAAUUGCUGAAGCAAAGUAUUACUGCAUUUCAGAGCUAGUAGAGUGUUGCGCACAAGCAUUGGCAAAAAAAGAAAAAGGAGAGCAUGAACCUAUAUGUAAAGUACCUCUAAUUACAUCACACAAAGAAGAAGAAAUGCUCAUAAGCUCAACUACAAAACCUGCUAUUAAAUUAUUGAUAAAUAGACAUAAUAAUAAGUAUUCUUAUACCACAACGUCUGACGAUAAUCUCUUGAAAAAUAUAGAACUUUUUGAUAAACUAUCCCUGUGGUACAGUGAAAGAGUUUUGUUUUUAAAAGAUGUUAUUAGUAAGAGUGAAAUUUGUUGUUGGGUUUUCUAUGGACAUGGUAAAAAAGUUUCAGAAGUAUGUUGUACUUCAAUUGUUUAUGCUACAGAUAAAAAGCAUACAAAAGUUGAAUGCCCAGAAGCUCGGAUUCUAGAAGAGACUCUCAAUAUAUUACUCUAUGAAAAUAGAAAUGCACCUGACGCUGAAUUGAUUCAAGUAACAUCUACUAGGGGCGCAUUAUCUGGAAUGUCUUCAUAUACUAGUGAUGAAGAAGAUGAAAGAUCAGGCUUGGAUAGGCUCAGAUCAUCCAAAUCCAAUAAUCCCAAUUGAAUCAUUAUUCACCUAGAAAGAACUGUGGAGAAAUAUACACUGUCUUCUUUGAGAUUGCAAGAAAUAUUUGCGUUGUCAAAUUGAUAAUGAAUUUGUCAGUUUUCAUAUUUUUCUAUAUUCACUAAUAGAUAUAGAGAAAUUUUAUAAUAGUAUUAAUCAUUCAUAAUCCUAUUUUUCUUUGAUAACUUUUUUUAAAGAGAAACAAGUUAUUAAAAAUAUGAGUUUAGUAUUAUAAUAAUAAUAGUGAUAAUUGAGUAAUAUGAGAAUGUGCACAAAACUAUUGCUAUUUUUUUAUUGAAAUUAUGAAACAUAAUGUUAAUACCAUAUUUAUUGAGUACUGUUAUUUAUAUAAUAUUUGAUUCUGUUCGAAUGUGUCUAUUUGAUAUAUGAAUAUAUACUUUCACUCA